AUGCUGACUGAGAAGCCCGAGUGCUCUCAGGAUACAGCACUUGUUCUAUUGGUUCGUACCCGAUUGAUCGCCGACAAGAUGAUCCAGCUGGCGCGCAAUGGUCAAUCUUCCAAGACUUCAACACCCCCUUUAUUUUUCAUGCGGGCCUUGGACGCUGAGCUUCAGGAGAUACAAAACAACAUUUCCAAAGAGACAGAGCGAACAGUUUCUUACGCCAGCCAGCUCAGCAUUCAUCAUACUCAGCUCAUCGUCUGGGACAGUGCCCUCGAUAGUGGUAGCUCAUUGACCGAUAUGCUUACAACUGAUCCUGCACGGUUGGAAGGCCUUUACAAAUGUCUCGAGGCCAUCAAGUCAUGGUUUGACCUAGCUUUCAAGCUACCAGCCACCAGCUACGCCUUUCCUCUGUUCUCUCCUCUCACAGAUUUUAUCUCUGCUCUACACAAGCUUUCGGCAGUGCAGAUGCCUGGAUGGAGCAUAGAACUUGUCAGAAAUACAUUGGAUUUGUCAGAAGUUCUCCAAAACUUGGCUCAAAAGUUUGAACAAGCCCAGUCCCAGACAAGACUGGCUGGCGACUUUGUCGCCGGUGAAACCUACGAAAAAGGUGUCGCAUUCGUGAAAUACAUGAGAAAUAUGGUGGAAUCUCGCUCGACAGAAGAUGUUACUCCUAGCUCACAGGCUGGAGGCGUUACCGCACAAGACGCUGGUGCCGCAUACAAAAACCAGAUUGAUGAGGCAGUGAUGUUUCCUAUAGUUUAUUCUGACGAUUCCUGGUUAACUGAACUAUUAGCAACAGUGCAGUAUUGA